GCUCCACGCCAGUUGCCGCCCCUCAGCCCCAGCGCCACGAACUCCUCCCGGGUGGGCCUUUCCGCCUUUCUCGGGAGCCACCCUGGCCCCGGGCGGCAUCCUGUGAGUCCGGGCGAUUUGGAUCCACCUGGCCUCUGCCCCGAGGGGCCCAGGCUUAGUGAGGGGGUCUUACAGACAUGGAUUUAGAUGCUGUUACAAAGCAGUCAGCAUUACAUGCCAAGCCUGAUGGACUCACUCUUCAAUAUGGGACUGCUGGAUUUCGAACGAAAGCAGAACACCUUGAUCAUGUCAUGUUUCGAAUGGGAUUAUUAGCUGUCCUGAGGUCAAAACAGACCAAAUCUACUAUAGGAGUCAUGGUAACAGCAUCACACAAUCCUGAGGAAGACAAUGGUGUAAAAUUGGUUGAUCCUUUGGGUGAAAUGUUGGCACCGUCCUGGGAGGAGCAUGCUACCUGUUUGGCCAACGCUGAGGAACAAGAUUUGCCGAGAGUGUUGGUGGACAUUGGCGAGAAAGCAGCUGUGAAUCUGCACCAAGAUGCCUUCGUGGUGAUUGGUAGAGAUACCAGGCCCAGCAGUGAGAAACUUUCACAGUCUGUAAUAGACGGUGUGACUGUUUUAGGAGGUCAAUUCCAUGAUUAUGGCUUGUUGACGACGCCCCAGCUGCACUACAUGGUGUACUGUCGAAACACCAGUGGCCAGUAUGGAAAGGCAACCACAGAAGGUUACUACCAGAAACUCUCUGCAGCCUUUGUGGAACUUACCAAACAGGCCUCCUGCAGUGGAGAUGGCCAAAGAACACUUAAGGUUGACUGUGCGAACGGCAUAGGGGCCCUGAAGCUGAGAGAAAUGAAACACUACUUCUCCCAGGGGCUGUCAGUGCAGCUGUUUAACGAUGGGACCAAAGGGAAGCUCAAUCAUUUAUGUGGGGCUGACUUUGUGAAAAGUCAUCAGAAACCUCCUCAGGGAAUCGAAAUGAAGUCCAAUGAAAGAUGCUGUUCCUUCGAUGGAGAUGCAGACAGAAUAAUUUACUACUACCAUGAUGCAGAUGGUCAGUUUCAUCUCGUGGACGGAGACAAGAUAGCAGCACUCAUUAGCAGUUUCCUUAAGGAACCCCUGUUGGAGAUUGGAGACAGUUUGAGUCUUGGUGUCGUACAAACUGCAUAUGCCAAUGGAAGUUCAACACGCUACCUGGAAGAAGUUAUGAAGGUACCUGUCUAUUGUACUAAAACUGGUGUAAAACACCUGCAUCACAAGGCUCAGGAAUUUGACAUUGGAGUUUAUUUUGAAGCAAACGGGCAUGGCACAGUUCUAUUUAGUAAAGCUGCUGAAAUGAAGAUAAAACAACUAGCAAAAGAAUUAGAAGAAGAUAAGAAAAGGAAAGCUGCUAAGAUGCUUGAAAACAUGAUUGACUUGUUUAACCAGGCAACUGGUGAUGCUAUUUCUGACAUGCUGGUGAUUGAGGCAAUCUUGGCUCUGAAGGGCUUGACCGUACAGCAGUGGGACGCCCUCUAUACAGAUCUUCCAAACAGACAGCUCAAAGUUAAGGUUGCAGACAGGCAAGUUAUUAGCACCACAGAUGCCGAAAGACAAGCAGUUAAACCUCCAGGACUCCAGGAAGCCAUCAAUGAGCUGGUGAAGAAGUACAGGCUUUCUCGAGCUUUUGUCCGGCCCUCUGGUACCGAAGACAUAGUCCGAGUCUAUGCAGAAGCGGACUCGCAGGAAAAUGCGGACAGCCUUGCAUAUGAAGUGAGCUUGGCAGUAUUUCAGCUGGCUGGAGGGAUUGGAGAAAGACCUCAACCAGGUUUCUGAGGACAAUUUUUAUAUUUUUUAGAAACUAGACUUUUAAAAACUUUUUACAGGAUAAUAGUACUGCCAUUAUUGUGACAGGCUCAAACACAUAAUCAUAAAUGUUUAGUCUGUACCUUACUGGAUUAUUUCUAGAUCUGAUUAUUUUUCUUAAACAAACACUACCAGAAUCAUUCUUUAGAAAUAGGUAAGCCCUUAUACUUGUUAAAAUUUAGUUUUUUUAAAAACUGAAAUUUACCCCUAAUAUCAAUCACACUAAUGUAAACUAUUGGAGCUUAAGUAUAUGAUUCAGUCAUUAACUUUAUAAUAUAUGCAAGGAAAAAUUCACGAAGGCUGCUAGAAAAUUAAACUUUAUUUAUUACCAAUUCCAUAUGAUGUCUUUUCCGUCAUUGUCACCUCAGUCAUUUUGCAGUACUAAUACUCACCAUUGUUAAUACAAACGCGAGGAGGUUGGAGAAGACUUCAUAUAACCAAUUUUUUCAUAGCAGAGUCUCCAGAACAAUUCUUAGAUGACUUACCUCUCUUCAGUUAACAUCACCAGGAAUUUAGAGUUGUGACUAUGGAGGCUGUAUACACCUGUACUCCGUACCGAGGUUGAGAUGCUCGUGCUACACUUACAAGGAAGGAUGUGUGGCCCAGGCUUCAAUUAUUCAUUACUCCUCUUAGUGAAGGUAUGUGGGAGAAGGUAUGUGGGAGAAACGAGUUGUAAUACAUUACCAAGCCUCUGACAGAGAAGUGAUGGCUUUCUGACACUAGAAUGUGGGUUAAUAAGGUAAAGAAAAAAAUCCCCAACCAAUCUAAAUUAAACAAAGCCUGAAACCAACAGAAAAAAUGUGCAGUGUGUAUUUGGCAGGUUUAAGACAACUCAGGACAGUAAAACAAUGGACCGUAAUGGACUAUUUGUGUAUAUAUAGAUCUCUCUUAGGCACCAUAAUCAAUAUGCGCCCGUAAUAUUUAAGCUUGAUUCAGGCCACAGUCAGACAUUCGUUCUUAUUUACAAAUAUUUAAAUUAAAUACAACCUGAAACGUGUUUCGUUACAUACAAAAAAAAAAAAAGAAAACAAAAAGAAA